GCACUUCACGCAUGCGCAGAUAUAUGAGCAAGGCGCGAGAGCUCGUCUAAACCCGACUCUGUUCGUCCACUUUUCGUCCAUCUUCGUCCUUACUUCGGCACGUUCCGGCUCAGUUUCGGAUCUUGUCGAUCGUGAAUUAGAGCUGUAUUCGUCCCCUUCGUUUUGUGUUGUUGUCCUCGGUGACGCGACGGAGGUGUAGCCUGACGCGGUCUCUUACGUGUCGGACUAAAUAAAAGUGGAGCUCCGGAGGCCUGGGAGUGACGAGGCGAGUCUGUGUCGGGCUAUCUUAAUGAAGAUGGAGGAAGUCCAGCAGGGCGGCGACACUGCAGUCUCAGAGACAGACACUCAGCAGAUUGCUACUUUAGCACAGGUUUCCAUGGCAGGAGUACAGGCUUCAGGCACUGGGCCCACAGUGACCUUUGUGCAGCUGCCUAAUGGGCAAACAGUGCAAGUUCAUGGGGUCAUCCAGGCAGCCCAGCCCUCUGUCAUACAAUCCCCACAGGUUCAAACAGUACAAAUUUCUACCAUUGCUGAGAGUGAUGAUUCACAAGAGUCAGUGGACAGUGUGACGGAUUCCCAGAAAAGGAGAGAGAUCCUGUCCAGACGGCCCUCAUACAGAAAGAUCCUGAAUGACCUGUCAUCAGAUUCUCCAGCAGUCCCGCGAAUAGAAGAGGAGAAAUCAGAAGAGGAUUCUGCCCCAGCCAUAACCACAGUUACCGUGCCAACGCCAAUCUACCAAACAAGUAGUGGGCAGUACAUUGCUAUCACUCAGGGUGGAGCGAUCCAGUUAGCCAAUAAUGGAACAGAUGGAGUACAAGGGCUGCAGACCCUGACCAUGACCAACGCAGCAGGAGCUCAGCCCAGCACCACCAUCCUGCAGUACGCACAAACCAGUGAUGGCCAGCAGAUACUAGUGCCCAGCAAUCAAGUGGUCGUGCAAGCGGCCUCAGGAGACGUUCAAGCAUAUCAGAUCCGCACCACUGCUGCCAGCACCAUCGCACCAGGAGUGGUCAUGGCCUCCUCUCCUGCUCUGCCUAGUCAGGGAGGAACUGAGGAAGUCACACGUAAGAGGGAGGUUCGUCUUAUGAAGAACAGGGAGGCAGCACGGGAAUGUCGCAGGAAAAAGAAAGAAUAUGUUAAAUGUCUGGAAAACAGAGUGGCUGUGUUGGAGAAUCAGAACAAAACACUCAUCGAGGAGCUCAAAGCGCUUAAGGACCUUUACUGUCACAAAUCUGAAUAAUUACUCUCACUCAUUUACACGCUGAACUGAUUUCUUAUGGUGCCUCAAGAGAUAGAGACUCAUAAAAUACAACAGGCACCCACAGCAUCUCUAUUUCUCUUUCAUUUUUUUUUUUUUUUAUAUAUGUUAUUGUCUGUAAAAGUCAGUUAUCAGGAAUACUUUGUGUAAAAGUGUAAACUUUUUUUUUUCCCAUUUUCUCUUCAAGAUAAAGAGAGUUGGUUUCUCUAAGAAAAGAAAAGAUGAUUUGCAAGGUACAGUUUGGUUACCAACAAGUUGCCCUACUUAAGGUGCGUUCUGAACCAUAUAAAAGCAACUUUCAGCUGCAGCCGUGACAGGGAAUUAAUGUUUGUGUGGGUUUUUUCAUGGAAACAGCUCAGGGUGCUGCUUCUGAGACCUGCUCCUGUCAUUCUGAGGCUUUGAAAGACGUUCCCACAUUGCACCAGUUGUUUAUGGUGCCGCCUACAAGCAUGAUUAAAGAGGGAUGAAUUUUUCACUUUUGCAGCAUGGGUCUUUAAUGAUUGAGAUUAAAUCAACUGUGCCCACUCCUGUUGCUUUACUGCUUUUGUUACUAAUACAGAUAUACUUUUUUUGUUAUUUUGUUUUUGUUAUGAAGAAAACAUGCAGAUAAAUAUAUAUUCCUCUGUUAUGACUUGGGAUUGAUAUACAAUGCGCAAUUGUCUACUUUUUUAAAGCAGUGUUGCUUUUGUUACAAAAUUAAGUGAUAAAUGGAAAAACCUGGACACCUUUGUUAACAAAAACAAGUGUGAUCCUUUCAAAACAUGAAAUGAUAACGUUUAAAAUGUUGUAAAGCAAAUGAAAUAUUCUAUGUGAUUUUCAGUGAGCAUUGAUAGUCAGGCAUAAGAAAAUAAUUUUUAAACUUGUAAGUGUGCUUAUAUUGUAAUAUAUUGAAAUUUCUUCAUCUAUGCCAGACUUUACAAGCCUUUCUGGUGCCAUCUACACUGAUCAGAGACAAGAUGUGUUUUCCCUUAUAAUAAUUUAAAUAAGGUUUUAUAUAUAUAUAUAUAUAUAUAUAUAUAUAUAUAUAUAUAUAUAUAUAUAUAUAUAUAUAUAUAUAUAAUAACUAAUCUAUGAUCAGUGUAAGAGGUUGUUUUCUUUUUUGUGUUUUUCUUUCUUAUUUUUUAUUUUUUUUUAAAGCCAGAGCUCGUGUGUUCCACAUUGCUAUGAUGUUGUUAUUAUCCUCUUCUGUCCUUUGCCAUAACAUGUAGCUAUCGAUAAAAUACAUGACAUGUUAUUUUUAAAUCUUUUUUUGUUAAAUAUUUACUGAAUACUUUUGAUUAUAUAUUGUAUUUUUAAGUCAAGUUGCUUAUGUGUAACCUAAAUCGGUUAAAAAGCAUUCUGGAAUAAUCUUUCGUUAACAAUUAUAUAUUUGGCAGCUGUUUAUAAUCUAAUGUGUUGAGGUAUUUUUUAUUUUUCAGAGUUUAUCGUAAUGUAAUGUUUGGAAACCUUAACUAUCAUUAUUUAAUCUUUGCGUCAGACCUGCAGAGUUUGGUUCCAACCAAAUUGGUUACAAGUUCUUUAGUUUACAUACACUGGAAGAAUAUAUAUUUCUAUUUGGGGUUCCACAUUUCCAAACCUUCCACAUGAAGGCUGGAAAGGGGUUUUAAAAAUGUAAGAACAUCCUUAGCUUACCUUACUCCAAUUCUUUUGGCAUUUCAUCCCCUUAAUAGUUCAUAUCUGGAGGUUCAUUCAAACUUUCUAG